UCUUUCGCCUUAGAGGCGCUCGGGGCGGAGGGACGCGCGCGUGUGGCGGCGGUAACCAGGAAGUGGGACUGGGCUCCUGGAGGCGGCCAGGCAACCGGGGCGCCUUGGCCGGCAGGCAUGGCGGGCGCCGGCCGUGAGUGUAAAAAUCACAGCCAUGGUCCCCUUCAUCACCAUGGCCAUAACUGUUCUAACUUAUAUGAAGACAAAGAUCUACUGAAAGAGCAAGAGGGGCUUCCUUUUGUGGAAGACUACAAUAAUUUUGACAUUGUCAAAGCAACCCAAUAUGGCCUGCUGGAGCGUUGUCAGGAAUUAGUUGAAGCAGGAUAUGAUGUAAGACAGCCAGACAAAGAAAAUGUAACUCUUCUUCACUGGGCAGCAAUCAAUAAUCGGCUGGAUCUUGUAAAGUACUUUAUUUCCAAAGGUGCAGUGGUGGAUCAACUAGGAGGAGAUUUAAAUUCAACUCCACUUCAUUGGGCUGUUAGGCAAGGGCAUUUACCUAUGGUUCUACUGUUGUUAAAAUGUGGAGCAGAUCCAACUCUAAUUGAUGGUGAAGGAUACAGCAGCCUCCAUUUAGCUGUGCUUUUUCAACACAUGCCCAUCAUAGCUUACCUCAUAUCGAGGGGUCAGAGUAUAGAUACUACUGAUCACAAUGGACAGACACCUCUUAUGCUGUCAGCCCACAAAGUCAUUGGGGUGGAACCGACUCGUUUCCUAUUAAAGUUUAAUCCUUCUAUCAAAGCUGUAGACAACAUAGAGAAGAACACUGCAUUACACUGGGCCAUUGUAGCAGGAAAUGUCAGUGCUGUAGAUGUACUGUUGGAAGCUGGGGCCAGCCUGGACAUCAAAAAUGCCAAGGGAGACACACCACUUGAUCUUGCUCAGCAAACUAAAAAUCGUAUUAUUAUUCACUUGCUUUCUGAAGAAGAAAGAAUGAGAAAAAGAAGAACUUCAAGGUUUCUGAGGAUUCUGGAAAAAAAUGAGUUCUUGCUGUUGUUUGUCUCAUCUCUGGUGUUGAUCUGGGCAAUAGGAUAUGUAACAGACCUAAAUUCUGAUUCUUGGCUAUUGAAAGGAAGCUUACUAAUCUUCAUGCUUCUUGUUCUGUCCCUGUUUGCAAGGAUGUUUGUCGGAUUCAACAAACUAAAAUAUUUUCCAGUAGCAUUUAUGCUUGGUUCUGUCUUCUGGAUAUCAUGGACCUGCUUCAUCUGUUUCCUGCCAGAUUUUUCGGGGACAGCUUCUCAGCUUCCCUUUUUUCUUGGUAUGGUAGGCCUUCUCUAUUAUUUCUACAAAACUGUCAGAAGUGAUCCUGGAUACAUUAAGACUUCAGAAGAAGAGAAUAAAAAGAAUAUCCUGACACUUGGAGAAUCUGGCUGCUUGGAUUUCAGAACCUUUUGCACAUCUUGUCUUGUGAAAAAACCUUUGAGAUCUAUGCACUGCAGCAUUUGCAACUCGUGUGUAGCUAGGUAUGACCAGCAUUGCAUUUGGAUUGGACAGUGCAUAGGUGUUGGCAACCAUUGUUAUUUUGUCCUGUUUCUCCUUUUCCUGUCUGUGGUGAAUAUCUGGGCAAUAUAUGGAACAAUUCUAUAUUGGUCAGAACACUGCACAACAACGUAUCAGCAAGAUGGAAUCUGGACUUCCUUCACACAGAUCGUGUCCUGUUCUCCAUGGGUCUUGUACAUUUUCACACUAGUAUCUUUUCACACUUCAUGGGCUUUGUUUUUGCUAAUUCUUCAGCUUUAUCAGAUUGCAUUUCUUGGAUUGACCUCUCAUGAGAGGAUUACCCUCUGGAGGCAGAGUAAGCAUUCCAAGCGUCCCAUUUCACUCAGUAAGACUCCAUAUAACCAUGGAUGCUUCCAGAACCUAGCAGACUUCUUUCAGUGCAGAUGUUUUGGAAUGCUCAAGCCCAACAGAAUUGACUGGACUAAGCAAUACACCCUAAUAUUUCAGUCAGUAAAGGAUCGUAAUGUUCAUUCUGUGUGAAAAAAAAAAUAAAAUCCUUGGGAUUUACUGGAAGCUUUAAAAUAUGUAUAUUUGGUAUAUUGUAUAUGCAUUACAAAUUAUUUUAUAAUUUCCUUUGUUCUAUUGGUCUUACUGCUAUUUUGAAAACAAAGUUUACAUGAAUAAACUGCUGCAAGCAGAACAAUGUUAUCACAACUAUAGUUUACCCAAGACAUUUACCAGUAGGUUCAUUUGGAAGGAAAUAGAACUAUAAAAAGACAUUUUUCAAAUUGCUAAUGCAAUUUGGUAAAGCAAUAUGGGGAUCCUGUGCAUUUUUAAUACAUGUCCAUUGAUUGAAAUUUGCACACAUUAUGGUUAAGGGAAAUAAAAGAUGUUUUGAAGUCUAAAAUAUUUUAGCAUAGGAAACCUGGUUUGUAAUUUUAGAAAUGUGUCCCUCUUUGUAAGUCUGUACAAAAGUUGUUUAGAUUUAAUAUAUUCAUGGACAUGUUUAAAUUAGAAGUUUUUUGUAUUUAAUAGUGAUAGAUUUUCAAAUAUUCAAGAGAAAUCAUGUUUUAUAAAUCAAGUAACUGUAAGCAAGACUCUAAAUAUAUUAAUUGAUGAUUGAAAUAUUUAUCUGAGUCAGACUAAUACAUUUAUGACAAUGAAAAUGCUAAUGAUAUUUUCAAGGUGCAUUUUGGACCACAAGUACAGAGUUUUAUACACUCCUUUUCCUUAAAAUUGAAGAGAUUAAUAACUCACUCAGACGUUCUCUGUGUGCAGCUGUAAAGUGGCGCAAAUCAUAUUUCACAUUGGCACUGACACACAGCAAGACUCCAAUGUACCCUGAGCUUUAUGCCAGAGCAAAGCAGAACAGAGGUGACAUUGAAGAAAAUCAGAGCAAAAUAAUAAACAGUAAACAGAUAUGGCUUCACAUUAGAUGUCUGAUUGUAAAAUUUGCUCAGGCUCCAUUGUCUACCUCAGCCUUUCCCAGCCAGCUAUUUUGGAGUUCAAGUCCCAUCAGCUGCAGCUAGCAUGGCCAGAGGUCAGGAAUGCUACGAGAUGUAGUCCACACCAUCUCCAGGACAUAUCUUUCAGUAUUACUGACCACUGUCCAUAAUAGCUGCAGCUGAUGGGACUUGAACUCCAAAACAACUGAAGGACAACAGAUUUGGGAAAGUUCUUGCUUUGAAUGGGAGAAGUUUGGGGUUCAAUGCUAGAUGCAUUCAUGGUUUACAUGGGGCGAAAGCCACACAUUUUUUCAAGGGAGAAUUGAGGGAUGGCAUGGUGUGCUGUUUAAACAUGGGAGACCUGGGUUCAAAUACCUGUGCAACUGUGAAGCUCGCGGGGUGGUUUUGGAGCCAUCAGUAUCUCUCAGCCAGAGCUCUCCAGCAGGCUCGUUGUAAUGAUACAAUUUUUAGGAGAAAUCCUAUUACUAUCCUGAGCUGCUUGAAGAAAGGGCAGGACAGAAAUAAGGUAAAAUAGACUGAGGGCCACGAUUCUGUAAUGACCUGCCAUUAACUGUGGAGAGUUCCACAGGAGCUUUUGGAGCACCUGCUCCCUUGUACCUGGCAAAGAAAGCAUAGCACCAGCUGCAUCUGCGGGAGCAGAACUGUGGCACAGAGCAGGGAAAGGGCUACGCCAGAGGGCAGGGAGCAGCUGGGCUGCCUGCCUGUGCCUACUCCUAUAAGCACUCCAGCCUUCUUCCCACAGCACUUUAUUUAGACAUCCAAGAAUGGAUGCCUAGAUAAAAUGCACCCAUGGAGCAAGGCAUGGUGGCUGCAGCACCUUGCUCUGGCCACUGGCUCUUCUAAGCCUCUGAGAUUGGACUGGAUGACAUGCUAUGAUUCUUGUAGUUGGGCUUUAUGGAGCAGUAGACUUGGUAUAGCAUACAAUUUUGCUUUCUUCUUUAAACCUCACAGAAUCAGUGACACAACAUAGAAGCAUGAACAUCAUUGCAUCUUCAGAAGGAGAUUGGUUUAUAGUUGAUUUUAACAUUGUUUUAUUUGUCUUAAUCCCACUAAAUGCAAUGUUCCCUUCAGCCUUCCAAAAAUACUUGGAAGACAAGUAUUUUUAAUCGGAAUGCAAAUUGUUAAGUGGCUCUGUAGUGCAUGUGUGAAGAUGGAAUAUUUUCCUCUGCCCAUUUUUCUAAACAGAGAGAACAAGGAGGUAUCAGAGAUAAAACAUCUAAGUGAACAUAGAACUGACCCAUUAAAACCAAUGGAUUUGUUGGUCAUUACAAACCUAAGUCCCAUUGAUUUCAGUGGAUCUACUCUAAGCAUGUCUAAGUCUGGAUCCAAUCUAAUGUUUUAAUUAUUAUAGAUUGACAAAUUAUGGUCAAAUAUCUUUAUUUGCAUGACAUAUCAGCAACAUACCUUCAAAAUGCCAUUUUGUUGGAGUUGUACAGACUACAAAAUAGGAAUCAAGUUAUGGUUUGUUAACAUUUGUGUAAAAAUAGCAUUCUUCCUGCUAUGUAUUAUAAAUGCAAUUCUUUGUGAUAUAGUAACCAGAGCUUCUAUUCUCUAAAC